UAGAGUUUUUUUCACAAGAAAGUGGUGAAAUAUAAACUUUUUUCUCCUUAAUCUACAAAAACAUGAUUGGAGUCGUAGUACAGGAAGCCUUUUGAUUUAAGACAAAGGAACAGCGAAACAAAACUUGUAUUUAAAAUAAACGCAACUGAUUUAAAAAAAAAUACAUUUUUUUCUGUAUCAUAAACGAUGUUUCCAUAAGUGCUGGUUUGAUUCUUCAGGUAAGAAAAGGUUACAUAUUAGCUAUCGGAAAGUGCAAAGUACCAUACUUCUGAGCGCUUAAAUUACAACUUAGAAAGUUAAGAUGUACAGUAUUUACUUAUUUUUCUAAGAUCACCCCAAACAAAAACUAGUUCAUCGAUACAGCGUGGUAGGUAGUCAAAACUAGCCUCAUACACUACAGUAAACGCAGCAAGUUGCUGUGUGGGUGGAGCUUUAGUCGAGAACAUACCGAGUUCUCGGUACAGAAAGCCAACAGUUUGCAGCACUCACUUCACAAGGUGCGGAGAAUCCCCGAACUGUGUAGCUACUGUAUCACCUACUGUAUCUUCCAUUGUCACAAGCUCUUCGCUUCCGGCAAAGGUGGGCUGUGGAAGUCAAAUCCCGGAGAGGAGGGAUCAAGCUGUAUCCUGUCAAGAAGAGGGCGUGAGAGGUGCGCUUUCCAAGCUACCGAGCAGCCGAGCUUCCAAGCGUGGUCUCGCCUCCGCCACAGACACGUCCCGGCGGAGUCAUGCCGUAUCCCGCUAUGAUUGAGGUGUCCAUCCCGUCUUUGGGCAGCAGCCCGGUGGAUGGAAAAACGAAAACGGUCUUCAGAGUAGAGGUUCUGUAUAAUGGAAGGAAACACUUUAUAUUGAAGAGACACAAUGAAUUCCACGCUCUGCAUAAAAAGUUGAAGAAGAUCCUGCACACCCCGGAUUUCCCUGGGAAACGAGGCUCGAACUGGAGGCAGAAGCCCCUAGAGCAGAGGAGGCAGGAGCUGGAGGAAUACAUCCAGGGUGUACUGCAGAGUAAUGAAGAGGUGCCACAGGAGAUGCUGGAUUUUCUGCGGGUCAGACAUUUCCCUUCAGUGAACAAGACUUACAGCCUUGAAUCACUCAGUGACCUACCGACAGAUGAUUACAGCUGUAGACUCCUCCAUCAGCGUGUGGUCGGAUUCUCCAAAGAUCCCUACAUCCUGGCCUCCAGCACAGAUUUCCUCCCCAACAUCAUCGUGGAUGGGGUUCUCCAGGGCCUGUAUCCAAGGGAUGUCAAAGUCAGCUUCACGCUGUGCACCAAGCCAAGCAGCCCAGGCAAAAGCAUCUCGACCCCAGGGCUCAAGGCCCCAGAGAGUUAGCCCCUGAGCUAAGACGAGGACAAGGGCAUUGCUGGAGAGCUAGGGCUCAGCCAGCACUACCACUGCCACACGGCACCACAAACUGACCUUCGCUCAGGAUGUGACUAACACGCCAGAGUUUGCAGACAAAGAGGUCUCAAGUGGCUAAAUCAUGUAACUGUUGAACAUGGACUAGUGUUUUUAAAAGGGAUACAGGACCAUAGAUUUUAUCUGAUAGCAUAAAAUUGAUUAGUUAUAUGAGCAGAUCUGUGGGGGAGUCUUUGAAGCACAUGAGGAAAAGGUGUAUUGGAGAAAUUGAUCAUUUACAUUCUAGAUACAAUAUUGUUCAGUACUUAUCAAAUCCAAAGUGUUAAAGGCUGAAUAUAUUUUUGAAUAAUUUUAUAUAAAAUCCUUCUGCAUCAGUGUUCUUUGCCAUUAUGAUUAAUCUCUUCUUUUUGCAUUUAUCAUUGGUACAAGCUUUAAUUAAAAAACAUGGGAAUGUUAAUUAUGGAGAAUUUAAAAGCUGCUUUGUGAGGCUGAGUCUGUUGUAGAACCUGGGUACAAUGUUUCAGAUUUACAUGUAGACUCUUAAGAAUUGGGCCAUCUCCAUUUUUGCCAUGAGUCAUUUCCUCAGCCCUCGAGUGUUUAAUCUAUAAUUCAAUGUUGCAGACUAAUUUCAUUUCAAAGUGUGGAACAGCUCCCCUAGCAAGGGAUGGUAUGAGAGAUUUAUCUUCAAACCACUGAUGCAUUAGUGAUUUUACCAUUUUAAAAUCGGGCUAAUUUAUCAGUCUGUAAAAUGUACCACGUUAGUCUCAAAGGCAUUAAAAUCAUAGCAUGUACAAUUAUGCAA